GGGAAGGCCAGUUUUGAGUCAGGGUGAGCUCCGUAGGUGAGCUCCGUAGCUCCCCAUCUAGAAGGGUCUGGCACGUGUGCUGAGUAAUUAUCCAUCGGAGCUCUUCCCAAUAUCCACUCUGUGGAUGGCAUCUCUCCCCCUUUGGAACCUCCAGAGUAUUUACUUAGGAAAAUUUUCCCCUGAAAAAGAAAUACAAGCAAAUGUUUAUCUUAAACCAGAAGAAAAGAGAGCAUCGAACAUUACAAGCACGCAGAGUGAAAACCUGAUGAAUGAGGUGGUCCACACAUCUCCCACCAUCGGUAGCAACGUGGAGGAGAUCGUUCUGCGGAAGACUCACUUCCUCGUAUGGGACAUAGGGGGGCAAGAGGCUCUCCGCUCCACCUGGAGUGCAUACUACUCCAACACCGAGUUCGUCAUCCUCGUGAUUGACAGCACGGACCGGGACCGGCUGCUGACCACUCGGGAGGAGCUCUAUAAGAUGCUGGCCCACGAGGCUCUGCGAGAUGCUUCCGUCCUAAUCUUUGCCAACAAGCAGGAUAUGAAGAACUCCAUGACCACCUUGGAGAUCUCUCAGUUCCUCACUCUGACCGCCAUCAAAGACCACCCGUGGCAUAUCCAGGGCUGCUGUGCCCUCACCGGGGAAGGGCUGCCCGCGGGGCUUCAGUGGAUGCAGUCUCGGGCCACUGCCAACUGAUGUCCUGACCUGAGGCCGACCAGAAACUCUGGGGGGUUUUGCUUGGACUGUUUGGGUGGAAAACGCAAGUGACAAUUAUUUUCUGCGGAUCUCUGAUGGGAGCUGGGUCAGCUAUGGACAGUGAGAUUGCCGAAGUCCACCCGACCUAAUCCCGCCACCGAAGGGCUAGACUGCCUGCCCUGACCUGCUGCAGACAGGACAGCAGAAGAGCUGCCCUUCGCCCUGGGGAAGCAGGUGUCUUUGGAGGCACAGGCAAGUCGUUAGAUGUGUUGAGGGACUGGGAAGUGGAGCCCCGUCCCCUCAGCCUGCAACCUCUUUGAGGGGAAAAAAAUGGGGGAUAAAGUAGGAGACCCCUGGAAAUGCUCUUUAUUUCCUAGAACCCCACCUCCUAGCCCUCGAUUCUCACCCCAGUUUUCUGGCCCCUUUGCCAUCUUUGAGCAAAGGAGAUUCCAGAAAGGCAAAGAGGGCAGGCACAGGGGAAGGAGGACAGAGCCAAAAACUGGCGGGAAGGGAGAGGAAGAAGGACGGGACAUCCCAGACGGGGACAGUCCCUUGCACUGCGGGGAGUUCCACUCCUCCCAUGCCUUUCCCUUCCCUCUGAGAUGCUGGCUCGGACCACAGCUUUUGAGAGUUAAGCCAUCCCAUCCUUUGCCCUCCAGUCCUUCCAGUAUGAAUCCCAUGCCUCCCAGAUGUCUCCAAUUCCUACACCGUGCCUAUCUUGGCUGUCUUUUGUAAUGAUUUUUUAGUUGUUUUAGAAUUUUUAUAAAAGAGUAAUAAAUGCUGUUGAAGA